UGUGACGGGUGCCAUGCAUUUAACUCGGCGUCGCUUUCUUCCACUAUGUCUGAAUCGACGCUACAGCUUCCGAUCGCACCUGUGCAAGCAAAAAGCAAGAUCGGUUCCCGGGUGAACGCGUUCCGCAAUGUGCUGAGCUUACAAGAGGUUCAGCGUUUAGUGAGAGACUCGCUGGGCCCUAAAGCGGAAGCGCAGAAGCAUUCGCUGCGCCAGUACUCCGAUGGGAAACUCGGCUUCCUCAGCUCCCAUCAGCGGCUCACUGUCGAGGCGAAGACCAAGACCGGUGAGACGGAAAUCUUGACCUUCUUCGUGAAAGUCGUGCCUUACGACAUGCCGGAUCAAGCCGAAUACGUGAUCGGCAAGUGCGUUUUUCUCAAAGAAAAGAUAUUCCUCCGCGACAUAGUCCCCGAGCUGAAGAAGUCGUACGACGCCGAGCCAUGGUCCCCGCGUUGCUACCUGGUCAAGGAGAACCUGUUCGUCUUCGAGGACCUGGGCGCCAACGGCUACACCAUGCGGGACAAACUGUUCACCAAGGAGCUCGUCGUUUCGGCUUUGACCAGCAUCGCGCGGAUGCACGCGUCGUCCCUUCUGGCGGAGGACCGUCUCGGCGUGUCCUUCCAUCAGAUGUAUCCCGACGCUUUCGUGGAGAACUCGUUCGCUCGCAACGGCAAAACAAGGAAGUGGUUCGACGCCGGCAUCAACGCCAUCGUCGCCAUCGCCGAGCACCUCGGCCUCGACGCGAGUUUGGUGCCGAAGGCCUGCGACGAGGUGUUCGCUGGUCUGGAGAAGUCUGCCACCAAGAGAAAUGUCGUCAGUCACGGGGAUUUGUGGGGGAACAACAUGAUGUUCAGCAACGAAAUGCCGCCGAGGUGUUUGCUGGUGGACUUCCAAUUGAUCAGAUACGCACCUCUGGCGCACGACGUCGCCCAGCUCCUGUACCUUUGCACCGAUCGCAGCUUCAGGGCGUCUUCCGAAGAGACCAUGCUGAAGCAUUACUACAGCGUGCUGUGCGAGACCCUGAAAUCCGCGGAGACCCGCAUCGAGAUUCCACCCUGGUCCGAGAUCGUCGAAGGCUACGAGGAACAGCGUUUAGCAGGCGCGGUCGCCGCGGCUACCUUCUUCCAGACUGUGCUGAUGAACGAGAACAUAGGCGCGGAGAUCAUGAGUAAUUCCGAAAGCUAUAACCGGUACGUGUUCGAGGACAGAAACGACUUUGUAUUCGCCAUCAUGAAGGACGACCCGGGAUAUCGGAAGAGAGUCACGGAGUCGGCCGUCGAAAUGGUGGAUUUGAGCUUCCGCCUGCAUCGGCUGCCGAAACCGUCGUAACACACGUUCUAUAGAAGAUUUUGCAUUAUCUAUUUUUUCCAGCUUGUUUUCUUUUACUUCAAACGAACUCUGGUGGGAGAAAUUCGCACGCGUUUUACACCAUUGACAAAUAAUCACGUUAUUCAGAAAUGAUGUCCAACGCAACGUUUGCGAAUAUGUAUAAUAUUUAUAUGUAAUUGUUCACAUGCCGCGUUCGUCGCAUACGUGUAAUAAAUAGUACACA